GAGAGAGAGAAAGUGGUCCGCAGAGUCUAUGGCUGACUGACCCUUAUCAGAGCAGCCGUGUUAGAUAAGGAGAGAAAGAAAGAGAUCGACUGAGAAAGAAAGAAAGAAAGAUAUUUUUAUAUAUAUUAUUCUCUUCUCUUCUCUCUUCAUUUAACUCUCAACUAUGACUUUGCUUUCCGCGCGAUUCACAUGUAAAACCAAUUUCAAUUUCUUUCACACACAUAUUCCUUUUCUUUUUCCAUGUCUCAAAUCACAAACUCAAUGGAAUGAAAAAUCAUUAUCCAUGCUCUAAUUUUGCUUUCAACAUGUCUUCAUGUUAGUGUUAUUUUUUUCAUUCCCAGCACAAGCAUAGCGUCUAGCUAGCUAACACACUGCUUUUUGGUUUUAUAUUUGUUUUGGCAGUAGGCUUUGGAAUUUGCAAUAGGUAGCUAGUUUAGGACACACAAUUUUUCUUCCCUUCAAAAAUCAUGUCUGAAGAAACCUUUUCUGUUCCUCCCAACACCAUCUUGCUUCAUGCUCAACCCCCCACCUCAAACCCUAAUCAUCCAAACCCUAAUUCAAAUCCACCUAAGAAAAAGAGAAGUCUACCCGGAACACCAGAUCCAGAUUCUGAAGUGGUGGCUCUUUCACCAAAGUCCCUCAUGGCCACCAACCGCUUCAUAUGUGAAAUCUGCAACAAGGGUUUCCAGAGAGACCAGAACUUGCAGCUGCAUAGACGUGGCCACAACCUUCCGUGGAAGCUGAAGCAGAGAACGAACAAAGAUCAAGUGAGGAAGAAGGUGUACGUGUGCCCUGAGAAGAGUUGUGUGCACCAUGACCCUUCCAGAGCCUUGGGAGACUUGACAGGGAUAAAGAAGCACUAUAGCCGAAAGCAUGGCGAGAAGAAGUGGAAGUGUGACAAGUGCUCCAAGAAAUACGCUGUUCAAUCCGAUUGGAAGGCCCAUAGCAAGAUUUGUGGGACUAGAGAGUACAAAUGUGACUGUGGCACACUUUUCUCCAGGAAGGACAGCUUCAUAACGCAUAGAGCCUUUUGUGAUGCUUUGGCUGAAGAAAGUGUGAGGAUAACUACAACUACAGUUCCAGCAGCUUUAAGUAAUAUUCAUCAUUUGACCAAUGCUCAAGGUUCGAGGAUCCCUCAGAUUUUCCCCGGCUUUCACUCAGAAUUCGGUGGCUCAGGGUCAGAACCAUUAUAUGCUGACGCAAAUCAUCAUCAACAAAAGCUAAGGCUACCACUGUGGCUAGACCAUGCCAACAAUAAUAUUAAUCCUCAUCACCCUCUUAACUUCCCAACCAAACCAAGUGCUUUCACUUCAGGAACAAACUCUGUGCCCGAUCUGGUGCAAACAAUGGACAUGUUUGGGCCACAGUUUGCGAAUUACCGUUACCCCGAAGCAUCAUUUGCAAGUGCCAACCUGUCUGUGCUACCUCCACAUGGACUGAAGCAAGAACAAGAAGAAAACAAAGGAGACUUGUCGCAUAGUGCAAGCUCUUUGUACUUGAGCACUCAGAAUCAGAACCCACCUCAUCACAUGUCAGCCACCUCACUGUUGCACAAAGCGGUUCAAAUGGGAUCUACGAGGAUGAACGGCAACAACGUGUUCGGCUCCAUGAGCAACAACAACAACGUGGUUGUUGAGGUUCACAAACUGAACGAGUUGAUGAAUGUGGAAGGGUGCACCAACCUUGGAGGUGGUGGUGGUGGUUACAUAUUAAAUGACUCAAGCAACUCGUUUGUGGUUGUGAAUAGCAGCAAGGCUUUGGAGCACAUGGUGAUUCCGGUGGAUGAAGAGACAACAGCAUCAAUUGUGGGCAAGCAAUUGCACUCUAAAAACAAAACCCAACUUGGUUUAACCAGAGACUUCUUGGGCGUUGGAGAAAAUGUUGACUCAAUAAGAAGACCCUUCUUGCAGCAAGACCUUGUUGAAUUUAAUACAAUGGGGUCACACUCAGCCUCAUCAGCCAUGAACCUGCAUAGCCAGUACGGUGGACACUACUGCUAGAGUUUCAAAACAUAUAUAGCUUAGAGCUAAAGAAACUAGUGAAGUUGAUUGUCUCAUAGUGAUAUAUAAUAUAGCUAGCUACUCUUAUUAGUAGGAGCAUGUAAAGACUGAAGAAUGAGAUGAGACUGGGGACAAAGAAUGCAGAUCACAAUGACUCUGCAUUAAUAUUGUCAACUUUAGACUUAAGAUUUCAUGUAUUUGCUUAUGGUGAAUGUCCAAAAAACUUCAUACCAAUAGAAAUUGUGCUUAUAAAUUCAUGUUGAUUCUAUUGUUCCAA